CACAAGCUCAUUACCACGGUGAUAACACGAAGGGCAGCACUCACAGCUCUGGUUGUCAUUCACUUGGGGAUUAAGGAAGAAAACAUCAACAUGAACGGCAAGGAAGAAGACUUCAUUACCCAGGCGUCACAGAGACUCAUAAAGGAGACUCACGUGAAAUCAGCGCUGGAGGCAGACAAGGGUAGUAAUGCACAAUUAAUUUCUUGGAAAGUUGAAGACUUUACCAUAAAAGGAGACAACUACGCCUGUGUUGUGACAAGUAUAAAAGUAACUUAUCGCCAGGGAGGAAGUGAGCAUAAAGCCACAUAUGUUGCCAAGUGUAACCCAUGUAGACAACAUGCAACGCUCGAUGAAUUUGUCCAUAUGGCAUUUGAGAAGGAAGCUGGAUUUUACCAAGAUUUAUUACCACUACUCAACACCGAGCUGAUUCGUAUUAAACAUGAACCAUUGCGGGUAGCUCAGUGCCACUUUGUCCAUUUGGUCAAGGGCGAAGAAGUAAUAAUCCUUGGAGACUUACGUCUUGAGGCUUUCAAGAUGUUUAGUCGUCAGAAAGGAAUGGACAAGGCUCAUUCCAUUCUGGUGUUGAAGGAGUUAGCAACACUUCACGCCGCUUCGUUGUUAGUUAAAGCAAAAACACCGGAAGAUUUAGAUGUUAGGUAUAAAUAUCUUCAGAAAGACUUAUCUUCUCUUACCGACAACGAGAAUGACAAACCGACUAUGUUUCAGAAAUUUGCUCUUAUGUCGGCGAGAAUGAUAGAAAAAAUAGGUGGCUACAAUAACGUUGUCGAAUGGCUCAAAGACUUUGGACCAAAGGCAAAUGAUGUCUUCAAGGAACAGGUGAAGAAGACUCCACCAUUUGAUGUAUUGUGUCAUGGCGACUGCUGGAACAACAACAUUUUGUUCAGGUACGACAAGGCAGGUGUUCCAGUCGAUGUAAGGCUACUGGACUUCCAGCUAUGUCGCAAAUCUUCACCAGCCACCGACUUAAACUACUUCACAUACACCAGCCUCGAGGGCCCCAAUAGAAAGGACAACCUACAAACCUUCUUAAAAACUUAUCAUGACUCCUUCACCAAGGUGUUGCAGAAUGCCGGGGCCCCUGUGCCCUUCACUCUUGAGGAACUUCGUCAGGAAUAUCAUAAUAAGAACCUGUUUGGUCUUCUGAUUGGAAUUAUGAUUCUUCCUUUAGUGGUCAGUGAGUCCUCAGAGGCACUAGACCUAUCUAAAGCAAAGGGCCAGAAAUUUUUGGAAGAACACCUAGAAAGAAUGACGAAUCAACUUCAUAACCCAGUUUCCCGGUCUAGAUUCCUUUCAAUGUUCGAAGACAUGAUAGAGUAUGGCAUAAUAUCUUAGAUAUUACCCUUAAACAAACUGAAAGAACACGUUCAACUCUGGCCAAUACCUACCAGCUAAUCAGGAAAUAGUUCCUUACAACUGAUACAAACUAUGUAGCUAUUCUUCUUAUGUACAGUCACCCACACUUCCACCGGGUACAGUUAGUUUUGCCAAUCCUUUUUCUCCAUGACGUGUGAAUCCAGAGAGUAUCGAAGUACUGAUUUCGAAGCGCUCACGAGAGAGGAGGAGAAGGGGUAAGGUUCGGGGGAUAACAGGGAUCGGUGUGUGAAGGGGUGAGAGGGUACAGGUGUUAAAGAGGGAUAUGGCUUAGGCCGGUAAGAGGACUUUCGCAGCUACCAGGCAGUAUUAAAUUAGAAAAAUAUAUUAGGAGUAGAAUGUGUUGCUACAUACUAGGGAAGUAUUCCAAGCUCACUUAAAUCCAAAUUGGGAUUCAAGUGACAAUUUUACACAUAAAGGGACUCAACACACACGGAGGCCUAACGUUAUCAGCAUUUAAGCCAAGGCUACAUACAGUAUUUAAUGUUGAUUUAUCGGACUUCCCACAAUCAAUAUAUUGCCUGAAAGACUGUGCUCUACAUUUAACAACAAAGAAAGAGAGAGAGAGAGAGAGAGAGAGAGAGAGAGAGAGAGAGAGAGAGAGAGCAUAGUUGGCUUUCGUAGUAUUUCACUUUUAACAUAUACUGACACUGAGAGUCAAAGUAUCAAUAGACUAUAACUUCCAACCAAAUGCAUUAUUUGACCUGGAUUAUGAAACCAUCGAACUGGUGGUUAAUAAAAUUGAAGGAAGUUUACCCCUGUACCCCGUCAACCCCUCACACGCCGGCCCCAAUCAUCCUCACUCGUGGGCGCUUCAGAUUCAUGUUUCGAUACUCCCAAGAUUCACACAUCAUAGAGAGAGAGUAUUGGCCACACUAACUGAACCAGGUGGAAGUGUGUGAGGGAACACACACGUGGGGACCAGACAAAACACAAUAGAGUAUUUAAACAGACCUCGCUUGAUCUGACUGAUGAAGGUGAAGUGACCUCAUACAAGAUAAUAUUUCUUAUGUCAGAUCAUGACAAAGCAUAAUCACAAGUUUGAAUGUUCCCUUUGAUAUUACCUUUAUUCCUCAUAGUACUGAAUUCAGUUAUAUGUCUGUCAACAAAAGAAUGACGUAACAUUAUAAUGCAAGUCGUACACUUAUCAACUGUGUAAUUAUGGACCCUUAUAUUAUGAACUACCAGUAUACAGUAAUAUAUGUUUUAUAUACAUGUUAUAUAGCUUCAAUGUCUGUUUCUAUUAAUUGUUUGGGUAUCAACCAAUAUCUAUAUAUAAAGUGUCUGGCUUCACCAAUACCGAAUUCGCAGCCAGUGUGAGUCACCAGCAGAAAGACAAUUACCCAUACUCAUGCCAAAUAUUUAUUUGCAAAACUUUCCAUGCCCUAAAAACAUUUUGGUGUAUAGUGGAUCCCAUGUUAUUGACCUGACCUGAUGUUAUGUAAGGUCACCUUUUGUAUAUAAGUCUCUCUCAGUCCCUGUAUAUUCAAUUGGGUCUGAAGAUGUGGGAGUGGGAA